AUGUCACCAACAAAAGCACCAAGGUCUGCAAAAACUCCAGGGAAAACACCAAAAACACCACUUAGUGUAGAAUUCAUACCCAAUAGAGCUACAACUAAUUUUGAUAUGGGACAUUUUGCUGUAGUGAACAGAAAAGAAAGUGUCAAUGAUAUGUGGUUAGAAGAAGAAAGAGAUGAAGACAAUAACAUUGACUAUUAUCAACAACAUCUUAAUAACGCCUUGACUAAUGGCAUUGACCCACAUAAAGCUAAAAUAUUGUCUUAUAAGACUAAAGCACCAUUACCAGCUGAAGGGGCUACAAACAAUUUAAAAGUUUUAUAUAGUUCUGGCAAAUGUAUGGCUUCAAAAGUUGCUCCAACAAGACAGAUACCAAAGACCUCUGAACGAAUUUUAGACGCUCCAGCUUUGAUGGAUGAUUAUUAUUUAAAUCUAUUGGAUUGGUCUCAUCACAACUAUCUACAUGUAGCUUUAAAUGAUGCUGUGUAUAUGUGGGAUGCCACUGAAGGCAGUAACACACAAUUGUUAGAGCUUCAGAGAGCUGAGGAAUAUGUGUCAAGUAUUAAAUGUAUUGAUAAAGAUGACUUUGUAGCUGUUGGAACUAGUAGUGGUAACAUCAUGAUUUAUGAUAUAUCAACAAAGAAACAUGUUCGAACAAUGACAGGACAUGCUGCUAGAGUUGGUGCCCUAGAUUGGAACAGUUAUAUAUUAUCAAGUGGAUCACGUUGUGGACAGAUUCAUCAUCAUGAUGUGCGGGUUAAAGAUCAUCAUGUUGCUACUUUAAGUAACCAUACUCAAGAGAUUUGUGGGCUGCGCUGGUCACCUGAUGGAAGAUAUCUAGCUAGUGGAGCUAAUGAUAAUCUACUCAACAUCUGGGAUGCUACCUUGGGACAGAAUCAAACCCCUGUUUAUUCUCUUACUGAACAUCAUUCUUCUGUCAAGGCUAUAUCAUGGUGUCCAUGGCAAUCAUCUCUGCUAGCCAGUGGUGGUGGCACAAGUGAUAGACAUAUAAGAUUCUGGAAUAUGACCAGUGGAACGUGUCUGAAUGCUGUAAACACUAACUCACAGGUGUGUUCUAUACUGUGGUCUCAAGAACACAGAGAACUUAUUUCAGGUCAUGGAUAUCAGUUGAAUCAACUAAUAGUAUGGAAAUACCCAGCAAUGGCUAAAGUAGCCGAGUUGAAAGGUCAUACAGCCAGGAUAUUGCACAUGUCUCUCUCUCCUGAUGGUACAACUGUAGCCUCGGCUGGUGCUGAUGAAACCAUUAGAUUCUGGAGAUGUUUUGAUGUCAUCAAACAGCAACGUAAACAAUCCACCAAGUCAACUAGUGAUAGUAUUAUAAUGAAACAAAUACGAUAA